UAAUAUUAAUGCAGAAGAAAAAAUGAGAAGAAAAUUAAAUAUGGCUGCUAAUAAUUAUAAUAAAAUAAUCUUAGUAGAGUUUUAUUUUUCCACUCCAUCAUGAUCUCCCAACUAAUCCACUUUCCAUUUCCAUCAAAUUAAUACUCAGCUGAAACAUUUCAAAAUCCAUAUUGACCAAUCUCGCCGCCAUGGUAAAUGAUUCAGCAGAAUCGAACACCGGCAACUCGCACACCGUCGGAAUCUGGCAAGUCAACAAGGACCGAUUAGCUUCGAUGCAGCAAAGAAUCGCCAACAUGCCGCGCAUCCUGAGCGGCUCCGCCGGGAAAAGCUCCUGCUCCAUAUUCAAGGUGCCGCAGAGCUUCAUCGACGUCAACGGCCGCUGCUACUUCCCUUACAUCGUAUCCGUCGGCCCCUACCACCACGGCGAUUCCCGCCUCCUCAUGAUCGAGGAGCACAAGUGGCGCUUCCUCGGCGCUCUGCUCAAGCGCCGCCGCAUCAAUCUCGAGGAUUUACUCCGAGCCGUGCAGCCGCUCGAAGCGAGAGCCAGAGAGUGCUACUCCGCCGAUAUCCACUUCUCCGUCGACGAAUUCGUCGAGAUUUUGACCGUCGACGGCUGCUUCGUGAUUGAAUUGUUCAGGAAAUUCGGCGGAAUCGUCGCGUUUCAAGCCGAUGAUCCGUUGCUGUCGGUGUCGUGGAUUUACUCCUUUCUUCUUAGGGAUUUGAUUCGCCUCGAGAAUCAGAUCCCCUUUUUCGUGCUACAGUGUUUAUUCGAUCUGACCGAACCGCCCGGGGAAGAACCCGGUCCAUCUCUCCAAACUCUAGCGCUUCGGUUUUUCAACAAUAUCCUACAGAGAUCGGACGAAACCGUCGAGAAAUUCGGUAACCUCGCCGGAAAACACAUCCUGGAUCUGCUCCGAUCGAGCUUCAUCCCAGCCGAUUACGAGGAGCCGCGGGAGAGGAAGUUCAUGGGCACGCACGUGAUCCACUGCAUCUCGAAGCUCCGGCGCGCGGGGAUCCGGCUGAAGGCGUCGGAGGAGGAUAGCUUCCUGGUGGUCCGGUUCCGGCGCGGCGCGAUCGAGAUGCCGAAGAUCGCGGUGGAUGACUUCAUGUACUCGUUCCUAUUAAAUUGCGUGGCGUACGAGCAGUGCUACCGGUGUUGUUCAAAGCACAUGACGACGUACGCGACGCUGCUGGAUUGCCUGAUCAACACGGCCAAGGACGUGGAGUAUCUCAUCGAUAAGAACAUCGUGGAGAAUUACUUCGGCACCGAUGCUGAAUUGGCGCGAUUCGUCAACAACCUUGGCAAGGACGUCUCGUUUGACAUCGACAGCUGCUACCUCUCGGAGCUGUUCAACGAGGUGAAUGAUUACUACGAUAAUCACUGGCACGUGCAGUGGGCGAGCUUCAAGUAUACCUAUUUCAACACGCCGUGGUCCUUCAUCUCAGCCCUUGCUGCUUUCGUCUUGCUCAUUCUCACCGUCGCCCAGACCUAUUUCACCGUCGUAUCCUAUGUUCGCCCGGCCAACUAGUUAACUACUUCGUUUGUUAUACUGCUUUCUAUUUUUGUAGAUUUUUCAUCUCCUUACUGAUUCUUUUAUUGGACAAACAUGUAUUUAUUAAAGAAUUAUACAGUUUAUCAAAAUUUGAAUUCAUGCUCCA